AUGGCAGACAGACCUCAACCUGGCUCUUUCGCUAGUGCUCAGGGCGUUGCUCGACGCUUAUCUGGUUUUCCUGUGGAUCCAACAAUCGCGGCUAAACAGCCCACUACCGGCCGCGAGGCCAUGUUGUCCGCCCCGUCAAAACCGGUUCUUCUUCACGCCCAGCUCAAUCCCCGCCAACAGGGCAGAGACAAUAGACCACCUGCCGCUCUGGAACAACGACAACAACCUUGUGACGUCUGGAAGUUAUCCUCCAAAACACAAGCCUCAAACAGCGCCUGUCCUGGCCGCGCUUCUGGCCGUGUCGCCUGUGCCGUCGAACGCAAGCCCCAUAAACCACAGCCUGCAAACCUCGCCGCCCCUACCUGCCGGAACACCCGCGCUGAUCGGCAUGGUGCUCGUGGUGGCCACCAAACUAGCCGAGUGCUACAGCACGUACUUUUGCGGCAGAAAACCGUACCAGAACGUCGGAGAGACGGUAGCUGUGCUCGUGGUUAUGACGACGCGCUGGCAGUUUGGGUACUUAUUCGAUUCGGUCGCGCUGCUCGCUGUGGUGCAGGCUCUCAACAUCGUCGCUGUGCUCGGCCUGUUUCUCGUGCCACGACGGAACCGCAGCGCCCUUGCGAAGGCUCAAAAAUCGUGGCAUACACGGAAGGCGAGCUUGGCUCGGACAACGCAGCUGUGCAGGGCUUCAGGGCCGAGGCGACGAAGUUUGCCGAGCUCUACGGCCGCACAAACGACUUGCGCAUCCUGGCGGCUGUUCCGAAGGCACACGACCAGUCGGCAGACCCCAAGAUCGCCGAGCUGUGCGAGUUUGGCCAAUUGCAGACCAGAAACGACUCCAUGCGCUUCAUGCUCAAGCUCGAGGUCGUCAAGAGAGAAAUAGUGAAACUGGUUGGAGGAGAAUGCGAUUUGAUUGGCGCGUUCAAGAACGUUUGGCGACAGCUCGGUAAAUAG